AUGCGGAAGAUGAACAAAGCGAUACCGGAGACCCAAAAAAAUACUGCCACAACCCACCAGGAGGACAUUGAGUCCCCAUCGGAAGACGACGUGGAAGAAGAAGGGUCUGGAAUAUACGAUGGCGAUUUGUACGACGGAGGUUGGUGCGCUGGAUACGACGACAAGGACCAGUGGCUGGAAAUUGAUGCCAGGCGUCUGACGCGCUUCACCGGCGUGAUCACACAAGGCCUGAAUUCCAUCUGGACUUACAGCUGGGUGACGUCGUACAAAAUCCAGUUCAGCAACGACACUCAUCGGUGGAAGCCUUCCAAAAACGGGAGCCAAGAGGUGAUCUUCCCGGCCAACAAGGAACUCGAGAUACCGGUCCUCAAUUUGCUACCCGAGCCGGUCGUGGCACGUUACAUCCGGAUCAAUCCUCAAACCUGGUUCGAGAACGGGACAAUCUGCUUGAGGGCCGAGAUCCUGGGAUGUGCCCUGCCAGAUCCCAACAACAUUUAUCCAUGGGAACACACCUCUGGCACCAACGAUAAAUUGGAUUUUAGGCAUCACAACUACAAGGAGAUGAGGAAGCUGAUGAAAAACGUCAGCGAGGCUUGUCCGGAUAUCACGAGGAUUUACAGCAUCGGGAAAAGUUACCUGGGCUUGAAAAUGUACGUCAUGGAGAUAUCAGACAACCCCGGGAAGCACGAAGUAGGAGAACCAGAGUUCCGCUACGUGGCUGGCAUGCAUGGCAACGAGGCGCUGGGCCGGGAGCUGGUGCUCAACCUGAUGGAGUAUCUCUGCCAGGAAUACAAGCAGGGCAACCCUCGUGUCCGGAGGCUGGUCACCGAGACCCGGAUCCACCUGAUGCCCUCCAUGAACCCCGACGGUUAUGAGACGGCCUACAAGCUGGGCUCAGAGCUGGCUGGCUGGGCGAUGGGCCGAUGGACGUACGAAGGCUUUGAUCUCAACCACAACUUUGCCGACCUCAACACGGAGCUUUGGGACGCUGAGGAUGCCGAGCUGGUGCCCCACAAGUUCCCCAACCACUACAUCCCCAUCCCGGAGUCAUACACCUUCCCUAACGCCACGGUUGCCCCAGAAACCCGGGCGGUUAUCAGCUGGAUGCAGCGCUACCCCUUCGUGCUGAGCGCCAACCUUCACGGAGGGGAGUUGGUGGUGUCCUACCCCUUCGACAUGACCCGCACCUACUGGAAAGCCCAGGAGCUGACCCCCACCGCCGAUGACGCCGUCUUCCGAUGGCUGGCCACCGUCUACGCCACCUCCAACCUGGUGAUGGUAGACAACGAACGGCGGCGGUGCCACUACGACGACUUCAUGCAGGAAGGAAACAUCAUCAACGGAGCCAACUGGCACACCGUGCCGGGAAGUAUGAACGACUUCAGCUACCUGCAUACCAACUGCUUUGAGGUGACCAUCGAGCUCUCCUGCGACAAAUUCCCGCACGCGUCGGAGCUUCCCCAGGAGUGGGAGAACAAUAAGGAAUCCCUGUUGCUGUACAUGGAACAGAUCCACCGAGGGAUUAAGGGGAUCGUCCGGGACAAAGACACGGAGCAAGGCAUCGCCGAUGCCAUCAUUUCCGUUGACGGCAUCAACCACGACAUCAGGACAGCUUUCGAUGGGGACUACUGGCGCCUGCUCAACCCCGGCGAGUACGAGGUGACCGCCACGGCCGAGGGCUACCACCCCGUCACCCGGACCUGCCACGUCUCUUACGAGAACAACCCCACCCUCUGCGACUUCCGCCUGGCCAAGACCCCCAAGCAGCGUCUGCGAGAGAUCCUGGCCAAGGGCGGGAAGGUGCCCAAGGACCUGGCGCUGCGUCUGCGCCAGCUGCGUCUGCGCCAACUGCAGGCCCAGCGACAGGCCCAGUGAGGGCAAGGAAAGGCCGCAAGGCAGCGCCCCGAGGAGGACGCGGCUCUCGGGCCCUUCUUCCGCCUGGGGGUCCUUUCGGUUUGGGGAGGCUUGCGAGAAUGCCGGCCCUCGGCCCCCAAACGGCGAAUGUGCCUCCUGGACUUUCAAAAGAACCGAGAUAUUCUAGCCUGGCAUUUUAUGGAGAAAUAUGGUGAUAGCUUUGCAAAUACCUGAACGUUUCUCUUUCCUUCCUUCCGUCCUCUCCUUUUCCCGUCUUUUGUUUCUGUUU